CGUUGGGCGAAAAAUACUGGUGAUGCCAUAUUUCUGGAAAUAUCGAUAGUAUCGAAUCAUCGCCAUUUCUUCCAUCUCUGAAACGGCCAUCUUCCUUUCUAAUAAAUCGCGUUCGCAAAACGACGUGUUUAAAACCUUUUCGAGUGUUUUAAAAGCUCCGUCAAAAUGUCCGGUACAACCGCUACCAUCCGCACCCGCAAGUUCAUGACCAACCGCCUGCUCGCCAGGAAACAGAUGGUCUGCGAUGUCCUCCACCCAGGAUUGUCGUCGGUGAACAAGACCGAGAUCCGCGAGAAGCUCGCCGCCAUGUACAAGGUCACUCCCGAUGUGGUCUUCGCCUUCGGAUUCCGCACCAACUUCGGUGGCGGCCGCUCCACCGGCUUCGCCCUCAUCUACGACACCCUGGACUUCGCCAAGAAGUUCGAGCCCAAGUACCGCCUGGCCCGUCACGGCCUCUUCGAACAGAAGAAGCAGACCCGCAAGCAGCGCAAGGAGCGUCGCAACAGGAUGAAGAAGGUGCGCGGAACUGCCAAGGCCAAGAUCGGCACUGGCAAGAAGUAAGCCUGAUGGAGGAAAGCACGUCUGCGGGCAUCGCCUGCUAUUCCCAAAAGCUGCUGGUUAUGCGUUAGUCAAACUUCUUUACCAACCAAUCAACAACCGACAAAACAAAAUCAGUGUUUACUUUUGGAGCGGCUUUUGUUUGUAAACUAAGGAAAUAAAACUCUAAAAGUAUACAA